AUGGGUGUGAUCUGGAAACUACUACUCUUCGUUGGGCUUACAAAGCGUUGCCUCGCUUCUCUGUAUGAUGCGAGGGGUCUCGAGUUCGCAGAUGUCGCCGCGAUCUGCACCUUCCACUGUUCUGCCGCCCACUUGUCUCAGUCUACGCAAUGUCUACCGUCUCUCUGCGGCCAUAGACGCGCGUUAAAAGUCCAUGAUCAGAAGAUUGAUGUGCUUACAUGCAACGAUGUCGAGCAAAACGUGUCAACUCUGGCGUUCUCGUUCGUGCUGUCAAGCGCAGACAGCGCCGAGGUGUUUCAGGGCUUUUACGAUGCCUUCUUCCAGGCGUACGACGCCAUGCUGGGGGGCAACAGCGUCACAGCCGACGCCUGCCAGCUGGCGUUUUUACAAGACAAAUUACUCCCAAGUGUGCAGGAUGGGGACUCGAAGCAGGAGGAGGAGAUAGAACGAAAGCCCAGAUUGGUUAAGCUGGUGACGACACAGGAGCAAGACCAAGAUAGAGUAUGCAUCACCACAAUACAAAAAGUAUGGGGAAGCGAAGAGAACGAGACGCCGUUGCUGACGAGGAAAGGAGACAAUCUGGGAGAAAAUACGGUUAUGUUUGUGCACGCCGACGAAUUGGUGGUUGAGAAAUUACGAGCGCUAGAAUGCGUGGACAUUGUGCUGGAUCUGCCGCCGAUUCUGAAGCUCAUGCCAUUUGCACGAAGCGCUGCUCAGUUAAGUGAUAGAAUGAGAAGACAAGGGAAUGUAUCGAUGGCGGCGCCUGCUAUGGAGAUUAGACUGGUGCAAGGGGCAAAUCUACAGUCUGUUAUGAAUUCAUUUGAGCUACGAGCGCGCGAGCUCUUCGGACUACUUAAUCUAUUCGAAACGAGCAAAUAUCAGCCAAGCUCGAUAUUUACAAAACCAUUAGAAGAUCUAACCACGUGGACAAAUGUGCUAGGACUCGCUGUAGUUGCAAGCGCAGUCGAAUGGAUAGAUGAACGGCACGAUAUCACAGCGAACCUGUUACGAGGUGAAGAGAAGGAACGCUGGACGCACAUGCAGAGCCGUCGCCGCCUUGAUGCUUACGUUCCAAGUCUGGUUGGUGUGGAAUCAGCAAGAGAGUCAGGUAUUCGUGGCAAUGAUGUCGUUGUAGGGAUCACAGACACGGGACUGUAUCUCUAUCACGAUCAGUUGGAUCAAGACGAUCGUGAUAUAUUUUCUCGUAUGGUGAUGUCGGCUCGCAAAGUGGUUAUGUACAAUGCCUGGGCAAACAAAGCAGAUGAAGCAGAGACUAUUACUUGUGGUCAUGGCACUCACGUCGCAGGCCUUCUGGCUGGCAGCUCGUUUAGUGGUAAAAAUGUUGAUUUGGGAAUUGCAGACAAGGCUCGUAUAGCAUUUAUGGACAUUGGGAUCCAGAGUGAUAUCUGUGCCGGUAAAUUAAAUUGCCCUGUGUCGCUGGCUACACCCGCAGAUGCCAGCGACCUUCUGAAACGUCAAAUGGAUGCAGGCGCUAAGAUUUUUUCGUUUUCGUGGGGUACACCUGGAUCGGACUAUAGCUCUCAAGCCAGAGAUCUGGACGCCUUUAUUUACAACAAUCCUGAUGUGCUCGUAGUUGUGGCGGCAGGCAACAGUGGUGAGUCCUCCAUCACUGGUCAGCGCACCAUAUCAUCACCAUCUGGCGCCAAGAACGUGAUUUCGGUUGGCGCAUCACUUAACUCAGCAGCAUCGUUCACGGAGUACGCGUGCUCCGACGUUUUCAACGAGCACACGGUAGCGUCGUUUUCGUCCGCAGGGCCUACCACAGAUGGAAGAAUGAAGCCUGAUGUUGUGGCACCUGGAAUGAGUCUUACAUCAAGUCAGUCAGAGGCCCCGGGAUCAACGCGAAAGAGUAUGGCUACGUGCUCACUUCAGGGCACAUCGCAGGCCACACCAGUGGUCACUGGUGUCGCUGUGCUUCUCUAUGAGUGGCUUCGCGAUGGUUGGUGGAAAGACGGCCGUAAAAAUACUGCUAACGCUAUGAGCACGAUUCCUGCUUCCUUGUUGAAGGCAUUGAUUAUUCACAGUGGAGAUUCCUUGCGAAAGCGAAUGGGUGCGUUGCCCACUAGCGGUAUUGUGUCAUGUUCGAGGUUAUCCUCGGAUUCUAUUGAUGUGACGUUCCCAGACGUCUACCAGGGCUACGGCAAACCAAAUCUUACAAACAUUGUGGAUGGGACCAGCUUGAGCAGAACUAGUAGUGGCAAUGGCAGCAGCAAACGACCGCCGUCUCUGUAUUUUCUGCCAAAUUCUACUAAAAACAGUGAGCCAGCAGUCGCCCACGGAGGUAAAAUUGUGAUUUCAUUUACGGUAGCUCGUGGUGUGGAUUUGCGCGCUACGCUCGUAUGGACUGAUCCGCCAGGGUCGACUCAGGCGACGUCGCAGUUGCAGCACGAUCUGGACCUAGUUAUUCGCGUUCGCAAUGGUACUCGAACGUUUGGUCCACUGACAGCAGAUCCGAGCACAGGAAGGGAUUCGAAGAACAACGUAGAGAUGGUGCAGGUUUCCUACGCUGAUCUUUUAGUUGCUGCCACCGGCAGUAACACAAGCAGCAGUAGUAGUCGCGACACAUUAAACAACUCAGCACUCAGAGAUAAUGGAGAAAUAGUGAUUGAGGCAGUCAUCUACGGCCGAAGUGUGCUGCUGGCGGAUAACCAAAAGUUUGCUUUUGUGGCGUCGUCCAGCGUCAUUGGAUCCAUGUUAGGAUCAGCAGCCUCAAAUGAUAGCAAGUCUUUCUGGUCUGCCAAGGUAGUCGGCAUUAUCGUGGGCUGUGUAAUUGUGCUGCUUCUAGUUAUUUUUUUGGCCACGCGCUGGAUUUAUGGCCGCAGCAAACAAGGAGCCAGCUCAAGGCAUUUGGAGGAGCAAUGCCCGGCUAGGAUUGCAGGAUCUGUGUACUAUCCAGCCUAUCAGACAGUGACUGAAACUCCAAGUACACAUCGAUGUCCAUACUGCCCGUUUACAACACCUAGUGCUGUGACGAUUGUUGCUCAUGUGCAAAGUGACCAUUCUCAAAAUGUGCCUGACCCAGUCGCUGUAUUAGGUGGCAGCAGGAUAUUUGGGUUAGAACCGGCUAUGCCAGUAGUGACAUUGACAUCCAGUCCAAAUCUCAACAUGCCACCGACAGGAGUGCAAAACUAUGCAGACGAUGAUAAGCAAGAAUGUCCGCACUGCCAAUUUGUCGCGCCCAACGCUGUGAUCCUAGUUAAUCACGUUCAGCAUAUGCACGUGUAG